CAGAUGGAUAAGAUAAUGUGCUCCAUCGCCUCACUCCUCAGCUGCCGCGGGUUACUGCACUUAGGUGAGAUCCUGCUUUGUAUUGUCACCUUCAUUCUGUCUUCAUUCUCGCCUAAGCCACUGCACUCCUACUGGAUCUACUGCAUGUUCAUCUGGCCUAUCUGCGCCCUUCUGACCCUGGUCAUCACCAUUAUUGAGUUGUUCCUCAUUCACAAGUUCAUCCUGUUUUUAUGCAUGGACUGGGAUGACUUCACCACAGGUAUAGCCUUCAUGGCGUCCCUCACCACCUGUACUGUUGCCAUCUGUUACUGCGUGUUCUACGUAUGUCUGGUGUGCGUGUGGGACUGGCUAGUGGCAGUACUUGCCAUUCUGUGUUGCGCGCUCUACAUCACGGAGUUUGUGAGGGAUAAAUGCGACUCAACGCGCUCUGUGAAGUACCUGGCCGCCCUCCCUGGAACCUUCAAGAUCCUGGAGGCGUAUGCGAGUUGCAUCAUCUAUAUCUCACUGACAGGCUAUCAUACGCAGGUGCCACUGAUCCUGUGCGUGGUGCUCUACAUCAUUCCCUUUCCUAUAAUACCAGUGAUUGUCAUGGUGAACGUGAUGAACUCGCUGCGAGUGUGCCUGCCUUUCAACAUUUCCCGUCUCGAGAACAUCUUUCUCGUCCUCUCUGUGGUGGUCUACAUCGUGGCUGCAAUCAUCUGGCCACUUUACACUGUCCAUAACAACCCUCAGCCAGAUGACUGCCCAGCAGGUGGGUGUCAGUGGAGCUUCUAUUUUUUGGUCACGUUUAUGACGUGCGUUAACCUCUGCCUUUUCACUGUGGACUUGGUGUUCACGCUUCUGGGGAUAUGUGGCUUCCAGCGUGUUUGAGGCACAGACAAGGACCUUGAGGCCCAGACAUAGACCUUAAGGCACAGACAAGGACCUUGAGGCACAGAGAAGGACCUUGAGGCACAGGGAAGGACCUUGAGGCCCAGGCAUAGACAUUGAGACAAGGACGUUGAAGCACAGACAUAGACCUUGAGGUCAGACAUGGAGAUUUAGCCUUUGAGUAGUCUGUCUUUUUGUUGUCACAUCAAUUUAAUUUCUAUA